AUGGAGAGAAAUUACCGAGAGCUGCUACAACAAUGCCAGAGGGAUGAAAAUAGCAUCAAGGAGAAACUUGAUGAUAUAACAGGUACCACGGUAUAGAAGAAAACAAACUCGAACUAAAAUUCCUCAAGUAAUAUCAUGGGUGACAAAUGACUCCUUAAUUUUGGGGUUAAUUUAUAAUUUCACAUGUGAAAUUACAAAGUUGCCAUAGCAACGUCCAGUACGUGUUAGUGCCAAAAUGGCGGCAAAGUUUUAAAAUGUCAGGGCAUUAAAUGACGGUUUAAAAAACCUUAACGCACCAAAGAGCACAUCAAGAAGGGUUUUUUCAGGUAUUUUAUUGAAAAAUUCUCAAAACUAUGAACUUAAGAGUGGUUGUCAGAGAAAACCGGGCACAAUGUUAAAAAUGUCAACGGAAGGGGAUCAACAGAAUAAGCUCAUACUAACAUCAUAGAAAGGUCAGGUGGAGUAAUGGACAAAUAUAAUAAACAUAGGUUCUUCACUGCUCUUGUAUCAGAGAUACGAGCAUCACUUUAUUUGACCCCCCCGGAUGCCAUUUUUGUCAGCAAAAUUUACCAUUUUCUGAAGCUCACAAACUUCCCAAAAUUAAACGAGCGAAGUUCAUUUUUUGUAUGCGAUACGACACAACACAGGACUAUCUUCGAAAACCGUAAACUUUGUUAAGUAGCUAGGAGCAAGACUAAAACUGUCUUAUCUUACCUGACCUAACCUCAGUGUCUGCAAGAGAGCCAAAAAUCGGUCAUUUUUGAAUUGAUCUAUAGCGCACAACUUAAAGGAUAAUAAAACUCUGACCGCCAAAUUGCAGUCUACUAUCAUCCAUGUUACCAAAACACUAAUAAUCAUUUUGGCUCGUUGGUACAGGAAGAAAUUAGAAAACUCACAUUUGUCAUAGUUGCCAACCUUUUUCUUGAAAACAGGCCGUUCCCUUCGUGUUUGUUUUAAGUCCUCUUCACGAUUUUUCUUCCCUAUUUCGUUGCUAGGUAUGUUCAGCAGGUAGAGUAAAUAUAGAAAAGCUCGAAAUACUGCCACUGUUACUAUUUUAAACGGCAAAAAGUGCUGACCCAUAGGAUUCACACUAACAUAAUCACAACUUGCGGCUACUACUACUACUACUACUACUACUACUACUACUACUACUACCACCACCACCACCACGUGAUAAAACCCUUCUUGAUGUUCCAUUUCGUGUGUUAAGGUUUUUUAAAAUCGUUUUCAAUCGUUUUGUAGCGAUCUUCAAAAGUCGCUAUUUUUGACCUGUGAAUCGGUCCAAAUUCUGUCCUUGGAUGGCGGAAGUCGUUUUGGCGUGUAACAAAAAAGAAAAGCAAGAAAUCUGAAAAACUAGCUCGGUUUUAUUACAUGUACACCAAAGACUUUUUGUCCACAGAAUAUAAAGGCAAACUUUUUUUCCGACCCGAAAAUCGUCAGAUCGGUCUUAGGGAGACUGCCACUUACCAAUUCUAGCCUUGGAUGAGUAUGGUGUGGAGAAUAGGCCUCUUUAACUGGCAGCUGGUCAUUAAUUGAUUAGUUCGUAAUACAUGAAAUUCAUAUACUCAUCAUUUCAUCUUCAUCUUUCCCUUGUAUAUUACCAACAAAUUUAUUGACCGUAUCUGUUGCCAGUUGGCUUUCUAGCUCAAUUGGUUAGAGUACACACCGAUAUCAGGGUUCGAAUCCCUCAAUCCAGAAUUUUAUUCUUCUCUGCAUUUGUUUAUUUUAUUGCUUUAUUCAAAGGUUAUCCAAGCUCAAAAUAUGCUAACCUUUACGUAAAAUGCUCUUCGCCACUGGAGACGUUUCGCGCGGAAACGUCCUCAGCGGCAAAGAGCGAGGAGAAACGGCUGUUUCCGCCGGCUGUAAAAGUUUCAAACUUUUACGUUACCUCAUUGUACUUCUCAAAAUCCUCGAAGACCCAGGAGCGUGCAGUGCAGGUGAGUGAACGGACAGAAAAAGAAGAGAUUCCCUCGCCACCACCUGCCUCUGAUGAGUCUCCGAAGAUGAUUUCUGAACCCUUUGAUUUCUUCUAUUUUAUGUAGUCUAUGCAUGAAAUACAGUCAAUUACUUUUCUACUUGCAGAGGAUUUCCGGGUUUUCAGACAGACCUUUCAAGAAAUGCAACAUGAUAUGGUGAAACAUAUCAUGAAAGAACAGGGAAGAUUAAUGGACCGCAUUCACGGUAAUGUAUAUGGAGGUGUUAUUUUAUUGAGGCUACAUGAGCUGUUAUGAGUGACAUAUUCGGUUACUUAAUUUCUUAUUUGCUAGAUGCUAGAUGACUCGCAUUCAGUUCAACGGCUCAGUUUUACCCCAGUUAACCUAUGGUGACAUUGUUUCUUUUGGGAGAUCAGCCUGGUUUGAAUUCUGAAAUGGAUCGUUUAUAAGUGUUUCAGAAUAGAGUUCGAAAAGAAUUCUAGGUAAUCAUCGUCUGAAGCAAUCAAUUCCCUGAAAUGGAUCCCCCUAGAUGGGCGACACUUUGCUUUCUGAUGCUCUGCGGUACAAAAAUUCUUUUAAAGGGGACAUACCAGAGCACCUUGAGACUUGCAUGGACAUAACACAAGAAAUAGAUACCACCAUACGAACCCGAGAACUGAUUGUGGUAAAACAACAAGUUAUUAUAGGUGCAUUAGUGACUGGACAAGUCCUCCCAAUCUUUUUUUAAAGGAAACUUUUAAUUGGGACAUAAAGAAAGCUUUUUUUUAUUUCCAAGUAUUGUACUUUAGCUUGUAAUAUUUCAUUUUAGCCUUUAUAGUUGCUUAACCUUUUUAACCAUUUAGCUUUUUAGGCGUUAGCCUUCUAUAUUUGGGAAAUAGUUAAAUUUUUAAGUUUGAUUGUAAUUGGUGUUAGUGAUUUCAACACUAUUUAAUCGUAGUGAGGUCCUCCCUGGAAACCACGUAACGUGACGGGAGUUUCCUCAUAAAAUUAUUAUCAUUAUUUAUUAUUGUUUUUGUUGUUAUUGUUAUUAUUAUGUCAUUGUUGAUCAAUCCGAUCCUGGAGAGUUCAGUUCAGACUAAUCCUUGUAAAAGUUGUUACCGUGGAACCUCUACUAACCUCUACGGCUCCAUCUUGUACGCGGUGUCCUGAGAUUCCCCUAAACCAUUCAGUAAAGAGUAUGAUCAGCCGCACAUACCCGUUUAGGCCAAUAAGGGACUGGAAUGAUCAGGACAAUGGUUCAUACUAACUCCUUGGGAUUCACCAUCGAUAAUAGUCUCCCACGCAGACUUUCUUAGGUCUUUGUCACGCGUUUCUUCUCUACGGACGUCUGCUGAAACGAGCAGUUAAAUUCCUUUCCCUUUGUUCGCAACUAUCAGCUGGAGAUCACGUGCAAAUUACUGGAGAACCAAUCGGCACUGAGUGAUUGUUUGAUGAAAGGCCAAUCAUAAGUUGAAAAUUAAGUGUUGACAGGCGAAACGCGAGUCAUUAGUGUGAUACGUGACCUUAAUAGAGUCUAGGUAAGUGGAGACUGUAUAUUUCUCUGAUAUUUCUCUUCGUGAAGGUUGGUUUUGAAUUAGAUGCAAUUUUCUCAUUAGGGUGUUCUUAAGGAUAGGCAACGGCAGGGUUUUAAUCGUAACAAAAAUCCUUUUGCAGUAAAGCCGACUUCCCUUCCGCAAAUUUAACCUCAGAUGAAUUUUUUUAUGAGGUUUUAUUCUUUUGAGAUUUUGGAGGUAGUCUCUUGCACGGAGGUACGUUACUCUCAUCAAAUAAAACUAAGGAGUUUGUUCCAAUAAAUCUAAGCGCUUUUCCUUUAACGACCUUUUCUGACUUUGCUAACCCUUUCUGGACAUAGGCGGCCCAAGCUCACUAUAGGAACGCGGACGUGACUCUUGCUUGCAUGCGGUGUUGUGUGACAAACGGUUAUUUACAAAGGCUUGUAUGGGAUGUAAACAGUUUUUCUUAAAAGAGAGAAAAAAUGUUAUGUUUUUAAAUAAAAUCGACUUACCUUAUUGCCUUGUUGUAUUCUUUGUUGUUUGCCCGCGUCUUAGGCCGUUUUGAAGCGUUUUCGGCGAGUUAGCGCUAUUUUGGUGUUCCACUGCUAAGAGAAAGGAGAAAGACAAGGCAGAACAGUGAUUUCCGGAGUGUCCGUCGCUCGAGGCGAAUAAUUCCGCUGGAAAAUUACCCCCGGCCUCAAUUCCUCUAGGCAUUCAAGGCAGAGAUUUUGCAGUUUCAUGUUCAUUUACUCGAUUUGCAAUUCCUCCCACAGAUCAUUCACUAGCGAUGCUUUUAUCUCUUGCUCGAUCGGCUUCCGAAUUUCGAAGUGGGCUCUUCCAAACUGCCGUGGACCCAUUCACGGAUCGCAUAGUAUGUCGGGUAACUAAAAUAAGCCCGGCGAGGGUAGCCAGCGGCCUGCAGUCGACAAACAAACAAACCCCUUACAGGGGCACCCAACGUCAAUUUUCGGAUAAUAUCUGUUGGGAAGACGAUUGGAGAACAUUUAUUGUAAAAUUCCUUGCUUGCCUACCUCUCCUAAGAUUUUCGAACAUCUAAGAAAUGGUAUAAUUGCCCAUUUUUAAGGGAUUUUUACCUAAAAAGGAAACCUAGAAUUUUCGGGAGCCUUUUUUCUGGCUGAAAUUUUCGGAAAGGUAAGUUUUUAUGCCUAUAAUUUUCGGAUCACUAGACAUUCAGCUAGGGAAUCCGAACAGAUGAAAAAUUUUUGGGGGAUAAUAAUAUGCCUAUAUCUACCGUUUAAAUUCUAAAAUACGUUCAACAAUGCUAUGUUUAAGUGGUUUUGAACUAUAUUUUCGUUGGGUCCCCCGGCCGUUAGCCCUGCUGGCUACCCUCGCAGGGCUUAUUUUAGUUACCCGACAUACUAUGCGAUCGGUGAAUGGGUCCACGGCAUGUUUGGAAGAGCCUAGUUCGAAAUUCGGAAGCCGAUCGAGCAAGAGAUAAAAGCAUCGCUAUUGAACGAUCUGUGGGAGGAAUUGCAAAUCGAGCGAAUGAACAUGAAAAUGCAAACUCUCGGCUUUGAAUUCCUGGAGGAAUUGAGGCCGGGGGUAAAUUUCCAGCAAAAUUAUUCGCCUCGAGCGACGGACACUCCGGAAAUCACUGUUCUGCCUUGUCUUAUCUUAGCAGUGGAACACCAAAAUAGCGUUAACUCGCAGAAAACCAGGGGUACCCAAAGAGAAUAUAAUUCAAAACCAGUUGAACACAGCAUUGUUAAACGUAUUCUAGUAUUUAUACAGUAGAUAUAGGCAUAUUUUUAUAUCCUAAAUUUUUUUCAUCUGGUCGGAUUUCCUAGCCGAAAGUCUAGUGAUCCGAAAAUUAUAGGGAUCAAAACGUACCUUUUCGAAAAUUUCAGCCAGAACAAAGACUCCCGAAAAUUCUAGGUUUCCUUUUUAGGGUGAAAAUCCGUCAAAAAUGGGCAAUUAUUCCAGUUUUUAGAUGUUCGAAAAUCCUAGGAGAGGCAGGCAAGGAAGAAAUUUUACAACAGAUGUUCCGAAAAUUCUAGAUCUCAAAUCGUCUUCCGAACAGAUAUUUUCCGAAAAUUGACGUUGGGUGCCCCUGGAAAACGCUUCAAAACGGCCUAAGACGCGGGCAAACAACAAAGAAUACAACAAGGCAAUAAGGUAAGUCGAUUUUAUUUAAAAACAUAACAUUUUUUCUCUCUUUUAAGAAAAACCGUGUACAUUCCAUACAAGCCUUUGUAAGUAACCUCUUGUAACACAACACCACUCGCAAGCAAAAGUCACAUCCGCGUUCCUGUUGUGUGCUUGGGCUACCUGUGUUCUGGAGUCUCGCGUCUCGCGCUAAAUUUUUCUAAGUCCAAAGUGCACUUCCCAGAUCUUGAAGUGUGCUGUGAUUGGUCUGCGUUUUUUAUUGCUCGUCUCAGCAGACUUCGUUGGGGAGGAUUGCGUGACGAGCAAAAAGAAAGUCUGCGUAGGAGGCUACAUCGACAACAGACUCUCUAGGUCGGGAUACCCAGAAAAGUAUCCCCAGUUACGGGUCCCUUAUCAGUAGGGGGUAGUCUAAAACCAAUUUGCGGCACAUGCAUGCCUGCAUAAGGGCCCCUCAGAGUAAAUAAUCCAGAGCACAUAAGGCUCGUGGAUGUCAGCUAAAGAACGUAAGACACUCCUCUGUGUGUCAUUGCUUGGUUUUGUUAUUUACUUGUGUUGAUGUUGAUCAUCAGAGUGGGAUGUUUCGAAAACAGUGACUCAAAAAGACAGGGAUGAUGGUGAGUUUAGGAAGAUUUCUGAUACCUUGGAGUAAAUGGAUUGACAAUGAGAGAAAAAUUGUUAACAUACAAUUUUUGGUUAAAGUCUCGAAGACAACUGUGAUUUUGUCUGCUAGUGCGGAUAGUGUUGAGGCCUCAAUUGUAAUAAAUGACCCUAAAUGUAAUAAAGGUCCUAAGUGUAAUAACUUUUGGCCCUAAAUGUAAUAAAGGGUCUAAUUAUAUAUGUAACAGGUUUUAGCCUUAAAUUUAAUGGAAGUCUUAACGGUAUACAUGUAUGUAGUAUAACAGCCCCAAGCUUGAUAAAGUCCCUGACUGAAACAUGCGACGAUAUUAAUGUUAUAGCCAGCUGGCGAUUCACUUUCUUCGCCCUAUUGUAGCCUUCAUAGAUAUUCAUUAACUUAGAAAGCGGCUAGAGCGCUCAAGAAGUAGGAGAAACACUUAACUACGUCUCGAUCGUGUCGUGAAACGCGAAUUAUAAACAAAUGGAAUCUACACAAAAGUUUUCAAAAUACAGUUGUAAUUUAGUAAUUGAAGGAAGUACUAAUGCUCAUUAGAAACAAUCGUGGUAAAUUGACUACUUUUGCCUCUGGGGUUUCUUAAUGUUGCGCCAAAAAAAGAAAUGUGUUUUUUUUUUUUUUACCAUUUUCCAAAAGAGUAUGUCGGUCGGUCCAUACAGAAAGCUGUGAACACCAAGUUACAUAUAAACAGCAAGAUGUUAAGGGCAGUAUAUCUUUAUAGUUUUUCUGACUUCCCGACUUUGAUUUUAAUUUCUACCAGGAGUACUUCUUGAAGUGAAUUUUUAUGCUAACAUUUGUUCUAGGAUCUCACCACAUGAAUGAAAUGACAUUUUCAAAUAACAGCUGGCUUUCCUGUUUUUCUAGCAAGUAUAUAAGGGACUCUACUUUGAAGACCCAAAAUCUUUUUUAGAGCUAAGAAGAAGAAGAAGAAGAAGAAGAAGAGGAAGAAGAACAAAAUGUGAAUUGUGAUUGUGAUGAUAAUGGUGGUCCAACCAGUCAACUUCCAAAUGAAAUACUCGACAAAAUAAUAGACUUCGCGUUAACUGGAACUGACAUAAGUAUUAUUAUCACCUAUAAUUCCCUUUGCCAGCUUGGUGAACCCUUUAAAGAACUCACAAUGCGUUAUAUUUGUCGGCUACCACCAAUAAGCUACAACAAUCGCGACACUGCGCGAAGUGGCUGUUUCAGCUUGCGCACUAGUGCAACGAAUUUGGCCCAUACAGAGAUAAUACAGAGAGAUAAUAGCCAGCCCCAGAUGGAUAAAGGCGUGGGGGUUGAGCUGUUGUUUUCUGGGGUUGGAACCUGGUUUUAUGUUACCAAUGUAUGGUGGAAAGGACGAGGGAGCAAUUAAAGUACACUUACUUGCACCUAUUUGUUAACAGACAAGGUAAACACAGUUUAGCGGAUGUUGUGUUAUUGACUCAGAUUAGAAAUCAUGGUGGCACUACAGGCUGCAAUUUUGACAUCUUUGGCCUUUGCCUAUGAAACAGAUUUUUUUAGUCCAAUCCAAUGGAUGAAGUUACACUUUCUUAAGAAAAUUUGCUAUAAUAAACGGGGCUCUUUUGUUUUGUUACAGUUUUAAGAUACGUCAGUCCUUUUUUGACAAUAAAGAGUUCUUAGAAAAAUUUGCUUCAUAUCAUGGACCUCUGUUUUCAAGUUGCCGUUAAAGUAGUAUUAUUGAUAACAAUGCUAACUAUUAAACCUAUUUACAAUUAAUCACUAUUCGGUCAAAGGACUAUUUACAUUUCACUGCGAUUAAACACUCUUUUCAGUUAAUAAUGACAAUAAAAAUAACAGUGAUAAUGAUAUCAAUAACUGAAUAAUAAGUUGUUACUCAAAAAAGUGUUUGAUAUUCUCUAGAUACAUUCUGGCACUCAGUUAACCUGUAAUAAGGCUAAAAGCAAAUGCUGUGAAAUCGUCUUAUGACCCUAAGCAUAUAAAAAGCUGAAAGAAUUACACUUAGGACCUUUAUUACAUUUAGGGUCAAAAGUUGUUACACUUAGGACCUUUAUUUCAUUUAGGGUCAUUUAUUACAUUGGAGGCCUCAACAAUAGGCCCAUAAUGUAUUUGAGUGACUGCUGUAACGAAACGAAAGAGCGUACGGUAAAAAAAAAUCAGACAACAAAAUUCUUGUUAAGUGGAGCCUUAAAAGCACCGACUUUUUGUUCUCACAUACUUUAUAUAAAGGCAAAGCCGCAGAUAAUAUUUUCUGCAGGCAUAUCAGGAUAGUAGCUGCUACGACAGGGCCUAGCUAUCUGAUUCACGUAAGCAUUAAAGUGGGUAAUUUAGUGUCUGGUUUAAGCGAAAAACUAACAACGUUUUAUAACUUAAUUGUCAGUCUCCAUCCACUUGCGUAAUACCUCACCACACUCGAAUUAAAAGCAUACGCAAUCCACCACAAGAAAUGUGGCUGUGGUGUGGAAUCAGAUUUAGGGCAAUUUGUAAAGGGUUUUAUGUAGGCUUAUACAUGUAUACGUGUGCUGAGAAGUAAAGAUCGAACGUUUAAUUUUGAAACAGACAAAAGGGAAGUAUAUAAACAGUAACAUAUUAACCUUUAAAUACGUUUUCGUUUAUAUAAGUCAUAUAUGUUUGAAGUGCAUCAACAUCUGAUGUGACAAAAAUACUGGUUAGAUUACCAUUUGAUAUCAUGAAAAAUAUUGUUCCGCAUUGUAAUUGCCGUACACGUAGUUCUUCUUCUUUUUUGUCUAUUGGAAGUUGUACUUGGCAGUUCUGUUCUAGCACUUACAUCAAGACUGACCAAGACCAUUGAGACAAUUGGAGAGAGCUUUUCUGUGUCUUUUCUUUUCCAACUAAUCCAUUAGAGACAAACCAUCUAAAAAAAUGUUUAAAAAAGCACUUUUGCGCUGGUACCUGGCUCAAUACUAAUGAAUCAAUAUCCCUUCUAUAACUUUCUGAGCUAUUUUGUCAUUUUUUUCCUUUCCUUUUUUAUUAAUAAUCUUAAGUCCUUUGUUAUACAUAACUUUAAGGGGCACAAUAUUAGUUUAUCUAGAUGUGCCCCUCUCCUCUCCUUCCAAUAUACAAUGUAAUUCAAUUUAAGUGUUGUAAUUUCUAUUUUACGCGUUUAUUUCCUUUGUAAAUCUUUAUCUCUUACUUAUUAUUUUUCUCAGCUAUAUUUACAUAACUAUGUAUCAGCUAGGAAUUGGAGGAAUAAAAAAUGAAAAUGAAAAUGAAUGAAAUGAAAUGAUGUAGUAACGUGCCAAAACUCAGUAACGAUGUGUCUCUUUAUUUUUUGUUUAUCAGUUGGUUUAACAAUAGCUGAGCAUAUUGACAACAUUCGCCAACUCUACAAAGUUUGUGAACGCUGGGUAUCCCCUUUUCCAUGGUCUGAGGAUUUUUAUCUUCCAGUUGAGCAAAUUUUCGCACGACUCACGAUGUUCAAAAGAGAGAAAAACGCUGAGGGGACGGUAAUACAUGAAGUUAAUGAAAUGGAUGAAAUCUUCAAACCGUACGAAGAAAAAAGCACAGGGGCCAAAAGAGUGUUAAUUGAAGGAAAUCCUGGCACAGGAAAGACGAUGUACUGCGGUAAGAUUGCUUACGAUUGGGCCACGCGGGAUAGCACUUCAGGAGACUGGCUUUCGAAAUUUCAAGUGGUUCUCUUGCUGAAAUGCCGUCACAUAGUUGGUCGAGAGUUUGACCUUUGGCAGGCCAUUGAUGAUCAGCUUUUACCUCGAGAAAUUCAUAAGGAAGAGAGAGAGGAACUCUUCAAGUUUGUUCGUGACAAUCAGUCAAAGGUUCUACUGGUACUUGAUGGGUUUGACGAGUUACCUCAGAGUCAACUGCCGACGUUUUUUGAAAUAAUUCAAGGUCGAAUCCUUCCCGGGUGUAAUUUGUUGGUUACAGCACGACAUCAGGGUGGUAUACCAAUAAGAAAAUACUUUGAUUUUCUGCUCGAGAUUCAAGAGUUCACUCCACAAAAUGCACAAGAGUUUGUGCAUAAAUUCUUUAAAGGAAAGGAUGAUCUAGCAGAAAAGCUUUUGCUCAAGGUCAAGGAAGACAAAAACCUGCAAGAAAUUAUGUUCAACCCGUUAAACAGUGCCCUACUUUGCCUCAUUUGUGAAGAAUUUGAAGGAAAUUUUCCAAAAAACAGCACUCGACUGUAUCUGGAGAUAGUUCAUUGUAUUCUAAAGAUUUUCAAUAAAAAGAAUGGUCUACCAGUAAAUGAGGAUCUACUUGCAGUCUACAAAGAUCAGUUGAAACAACUUGGCUCAGUAGCGUUAAACGGUCUCUUACGACGUGAAAAGUACUUUGACGAGAGACGGUUGGGAAAUUCCUUGGAAUUACUUGGAUUCGGAUUUCUAUCAGCUCACCCUGGAGACAGCAAAUUAAGACCAUGUCUGUAUUACAGCUUUUUGCACACGAUUUUCCAACAACUGUUUGCUGCAUUUUUCCUUAGCUGCCAUGUUGUUGAAGAAAAAAUCAGUGUUGAAAAAAUAGCCAAUAACGAAAUAUAUCUCGAUAAGCUGAAACAAGUGCUUUUGUUCACAUGUGGGAUCUUGGCAAUUCAAGAGAAAGAAAAAGCAGUGACCCUUAUCAAGUUUUUAAUGGAAAAAGGCAAGAAAGGGGAUGCUGUUGCCGGUUUCGUUGUAAUGGAAUGCUUUGAAGAAUGUAGGAAAGAAAAUGGUGAUCUUGACGAGGAAUUAGCCGUGAUGGAGUUGAAUUUUAAGGGCCAAGUCACCGGUCUCGGUAAGACUCGCGAAUAUUUUUACAUUCUACCGUCAUUUAGACUGCGAGUUUCUCGACGCCUGCCACGCAGGCUAGAACAAAAUGGCUCUGCGCACAACUAGGGGAGACGAGACAGAAGAGGCUCGAGCCUAGACUUUCUCAAAGUCCUUCGCUUCUCAUUUCCGGUUCCGGUAGUUGGCCCCAGCGCGAAGGACGAGCUUUCGCUCUCUCGCUCGCUUUUGCCGCAGAAAACAUAAAAAAUCUUCCGCUCGCGCUUCGCGCUCGUGAAAAAAGUUCAGCUAGGACUUUUAGGCAAGUCUAGGUUGAGCCUGACGUACUCGCUUCUCGGGUCUUGUCACUCGCUUGUUGUGUGUGCCCUUCCAAGAGACUGCUUGAAUCUCACUUUUGACUUUCAUGAAAGACAACUUAAAAUUCUUAAAAGUUCUAAACUCUUAACAGCGCACGUCUUGCACCUGCCGGGCCUGACAUUUUUUUUACAUACAAACCCGUAUAAUUCUAUUUUGUAGACAUAUUUUAAACACAUAAAAAAUCUUAACCUUUUGCGUCAGUCACCUCAAAAUUUGCUUUCUAGCUAAUUUCCCCAUGCUCAUUCCAACUCUGGUCUUGUGAAAAAAAUUGCAUUAAUAAGGUCACUUGACCACGAGAUGCAAACAGCCUAUCACUCCGUCGUCGGUAACAAAAUUGCUAAAAUUUGUAUCGAUUUGUGGAAUAUGACAACCUGUUUUUUUUUUUUUGUUUAGUUAAAAUCGCAGCGGACGUCAGUCAUGGAGAAUUUGACGUCCUCGACGAGGAAUUUUCCACAAUGUUGGUGAAGAAAGGUAAGGAUAACCUUUCACUUUAUACCUCUUAUUAGAAUCGCACUAUAAGGACUAUAGUUCAGCUGCCAUUAAACUAUUUCAGAAACCCUAAAAAUAUUGAUGUUGAAGGCUUUCGGAUUGAGCGGUCUGAGAACAACACAUGGCUUGAACGUGACUGUCCAACCAGUUUCAGUUUUGAUAAAACUACUUCUAAAAGUUCAACUUAAGAGGGCCAGGCUGGUCAGCAAGAUUCAAAAAUAAAUGUUAAUAGAAAGUGCCCUAUUUCCGUAAAUUAAAGGGCAUUUUGUUUUGCAAUUUUAUGAUAGACACCAAGACUUCAACUUUGGGAACAGCACCUACAAACCAAUCAAAAUUUAUUUAACGCAAAAACAUUGUUACUGAACAGGUUGCCUAGAUUCAUCUCUUGAAGCAAAAAAUUGACGAAACUGGUCCUAUGCCUUCAAACUGUCUGAUUCAAUUUUCAUUGAAUAGAGAUUUGGACAGCGCUAUUAUAGCAUCGUUUGCGCUUUGUAAUAGGUAAGCUUGUCUGAGUUUUUAAGCUGUUCUGAGUUUCUUCGUCAACUGAGUUUCUCCCAGUUUUUGAAACAUACAAUGUAUUGGUAAGAUUGGACUUUUCGUCGUAAAUUUUAGGGUAAUAAUGCUCUUAAUUUUUGAAUAAGCGGAGCGCGUUACUCACCCGAUUGACCAGAGAAGAGAGAGACGAACUCUUCAAGUUUGUUUGCGACAAUCAAUCAACGGUUCUACUGGUACAUGAUGGGUUUGCCGAGUUACCUCAAAGGCAACUGCCGACGUUUUCUGCCCUAGUUUCAAGAAUUAACUCCACAAAAUGCACAAGAGUUUCAGGCCCGUUAGGAUGGGGGUACGACGGGUGCGCGCGCACCCCCCUUCCCCCACAGGCGCCGGAGGUCCACUUUUUUCUUGAUCAACGAUUUAAAACAAAAUGAAGUCGGAGUAUUGUACUAUUCUAAUUUAGGCUGAUUGGGGCAGGGAGUAAUACUAAAACGAAUCGAAUCGAAGUUACUUUUUUAUUUAACGUUUUACUGAAAAACUGAUUAUUUUACAUUGUAUCGUAAAUUUUCAGCAAUGAAAUUGAACCUGCUGUUCUUUUUUUCUUUCGUUCUUGCAUCAGCUGCUUUAGCUCAACAUGGAGCUAAACUUCCGUUAUCGAGCAAGGUCGAAGGUUCGGACAAUAGUUGUUGUAUUGUGCGUUUUCUGGAAAGUAUAUAAGUUUCACCACACCAUGUUAGUUUUAAAAUUAAUGCAUUUCCAACAUUUCAGAGGGUCCCAAUUGCAAACAUGGUUCGCAAAUCAGUCUCAGACAACCAAAGCUCCGCCCCCAACUCUUGCCCCUCCGGCCUCAUUUGGUCCUCCUCCUCGUUGGAUCGCACCUCCCCGUAAAACAACCUGGCUACUUUAAAGGAAAGGAAUAUCUAGUAGAAAAGCUUUUGCUCGAGCUCAAAAAAAACGAAAACCUGCAAAGAACCUAUCACUCCGUCGUUGGUAACAAAAUUACUAAAAUUUGUCUCGAUUUCUAGAAUACGCAACCUGUUUUUUGCUUUUUUUUUAGUUGAAACAGCAGCGGACCUUAGUCAGGGAGAAUUUGACGUCCCCGAGGAGGAAUUUUCCAAAACGAUGAUAAGAAAAGGUAAGGAUAACCUGUCACCUUAUACCUCUAAUUAGAAUCGCUCUACAAGGACAAUAGCUCAUAAAUAAUAAUAUAAUGAUAUUGGUGUUGAAAACGUUCGGAUUGAGCGGUCUGAGAACGAAACAUGGCGUGAACGUGACUAACCAACCAAUUUUAGUUUUGAUAAAACUAUUUUAGAAAGCUCAACUUCAGAGAGCCAGGCUGGUCAGUAAGAUUCAAAAAUAAAUGUCAAUAGCAAGUGCCCUAUUUCCGUAAAUGAAAGGGCAUUUUGUUUCGAAAUUUUAUGGCAGACACCAAGACUUCAACUUUGGGAACAGCUCACACAAACCAAUCAAAAUUAACGCAAAAACAUUGUAAGUAAACGGGUUGCCGAGAUACCUUCCUUGAAGCAAAAAAUUGACGAAACUGCGGUCCAAUGCCUGAUUUUUUAUUGAAUAGAGUUUUGGACAGCGCUAUUAUAGCAUCUUUUGCGCUUUGUAAUAGGUAAGCUGUCUGGGUUUUUAAGCUGUUCUGAGUUUCUUAGUCAACUGAGUUUCUCGCAGUUUUUGAAACAUACAAUUUAUUGGAAGAUUGGACUUUUUGUCGUAAAUUGUAUGCUAGCGAUGCUCUUAAUUUUUAAAUUAGCGGAGCACGUUGCUCGCCCGAUUGACCAGAUUGACUCAACCGCUGUUUUGGUCAUGUGCCCGCGCUGUAUGCCGAAGAGAUGUUCCCUUUUCGGGGAGAAACAAGACCGGACCCAUGCAAAUAUGGUUCGUAGAGGAUGAGAACUGAUUAGCUGAGAAAAGUUUAAAAAAACUCAUAGACUACAAGAGAUGCAACACUCUCAUCCUCACCCCCUUCUAUUUUUUCACCAGAAUGUCAUCAGUUCCAUCUAGAAGGUAGCCCUAUGCAAGAAGAGCAAGAUAAGACAGUAAUCUACGAGUAAGUAUUUAAGCCGGAUCAUUUACGUUGACUGAUUACCCUAGCCUGUUAUGCGCUGGUCUACCUUAUUAUCGUCUACUCUCCUCCACCUUACACUAGUGCACUCUCCCCUUCUUGUCUCCGCUUGGCAAAAUUCUGUCCGUAAGUAUGCUUGCGUUUAAAGUGACAGCAAAAGUCCACGUCAAAACUUUAUAGUACACCUGACAUACAGGUUCUUUGGCACUUAUAGAUAAAUUCAUUCCCUUCUCGAUUUGUUGACUAAUUGCAGAGGAACAUUGAGAAGCGAGCAAUCCCGCGAUUUGUACCCGACGGCAGGGGCUCUUUCUUUGACGUUUCCUUUUAAUUCCGUGUCGGUGCCUACGUCAAUAGUGGUCUACAAAUGGAAACAUACAGCUCGUUCGCCCCCUCUUCAUGACCAUGAGGCCGUUGUUAGCAACGUGAUUGAAAUCGCCGCAAACGAAGGCCAAGGAUUUAAAUUCAAUGUUGCAGUACAACUGUUCCUCUGUCACAGUGCGCCGGAUCUAGCUGGCUAUGAGGUGGUUAUUAAAAAGCACACUGACACUGAGAACAAUAUUUGGGAGGAGGUCGCUGGAACAGAGGACUUACAGGAUCAUUCAGGUGCCUUGGAUAUUUUGAAAACUAUAUAUUAACUCAUAGUCAAAAACGUUGCGUCUCAACCAUCUUUAUUAACAAAAAGACUCUCUCUAAAUGAAACCUGAAAUUUUCAGUUUAUAACUCAUAAGGGGUUGAAACGUUUAUCUCUCGUACGUUUGCUUUGUCCGAUGCUCGUGAUUAUCCAUUUUCGCAAGUACCAUAUUUAGAACGAGAAAAAAAGAGAACGACGUGACGUAAUUUUACUCGGUCACGUUCCCGUUAAGCAACAACAGCGGUGAUGGCAGUACGAAAACGUGACUUAUAUAAAAAGUGGAUUCGCGCUGCUUACAACUUCAUUGCGCUUGUUCCAUCUCGUUCAGUUUGUCAAAUGUUAGCAAUUUUUUUCUGUAUAGAAAAGGUGAGUCUUUGUCUUGUGUUUUCGCCCUCCACAAAACGUGAAAUUAUUCACUUUCACAUCAAAGUCAUGCAGUGGCGGCAAAGAGAUGUACGCAAAAUCAAGACGCGGGUGCAAAUUUGUCGUUAAACGGUUUUUUUAAACUGCCCACAGCUACUUUUCAACCCCUUAUGAGUUUCUGUUAUUACUAAUUUAUGUUCUAUACCCGUCUGAUUAAAUGUCCAAUUUUAGUUUAGACAACCAGCUUGCCGAGAGUGUCGUAAAGAGGACAUGCGCCUGUGGGGUUUAAUUCAUCCACUUUGUUGAUUACAGAUAUCAGUGAGUACCCUUCUCUCAUGGAAGUUGAGGACUGGUACCUUCCUGUUGCACAAGCUGACAUAACUGAGUGUUCGACAUACGCAGUGGUCUGUCGUCUCAAGUCGUCUCCCUCUUACACCAUCACAUCUUAUGGUGGUUCCUUCAAUCAUCCUUGUUAUCCAGGUGUAACUGUAACAAUCCCUAAGAACGCUGUAGCACGUAAAACAAGGGUCUCUUUAGAGUUAAAGGUAGGCGUGGUUAAUAGACUUUAUUUACGAUACCCGCCAUCUUUGCACGCGCUUUGGGAUUGAUGGGAUAGAAGCAAUGUCAUGUUGUAUCUCAGGGCGCAAACAAGUGAUAAAAUUUGCCACUACGAGAAAUCGCGGUCGAGUUUGUUUAUCCCCUGAAAACGAUAAGGCAAUUUUUAAAUUUGCAAAAUGUACAGUUCAAGUUUCGACAAGUUCCCACGUCAUUAUAUCUUGCUGUAAGGACAUCUACGGUAGCUAGUGCAUUGAAAAAAAUAACAACGAUCAAAUCCAGCCAUAACUUGCCCUUAUUGUCUUUAAGAUAAAACGUUAUUCAGUCUAAAAUAAACAAACCCAACCGCAAUUUCUUGUAUUGGAAGAUUUUAUCACUUUUUCGCACCCUGAGAAACCACGUGACGUUGCUUUUUACCCAUCAGUCCUAAUGCACGUGCAAAAAUGGCGGAUGUCGUGAAUAAGGUCUGUUUGAGAACACUAAUACUAAACUUGAACAGGAUGGCAAAGACAAGUAUUCGGAAAGUCAGAAUGAUGCCAGACGAUCUUUUCAAUGGUUCCCUUGUUUGAGAAUACUAGAAGGAUAUGCACUGGGUUUUAUUUCAAAUCAUCACUGCACUGGCAAAUAAAACAAGUUGUUCAACGGAACUUUGUAAAAUUCCGACUUGAAGAUUACUGCUUGCACCUGCGCGUUACAUACCUUUUCUUAGCUAAAUUGCAAAUCAAAGAUAUGCGAUUCAUACUGUUUUUAACCAGAUAUGAUAAGAUGUUAUUAUAGGAUCAGUAAUACUCCGGAACAGUUUUCUGUAAAAGGUGAGAGAUCGAAUGAAACACUAGGCAAGAUGGUGUUGAUUUAGGGUUGAGGUAAAGGUUUUUCAAAGUUGCAAAUUAAAAAUAGCCAGUGUCCAGGUCAGUGCGCGCGGUCCUAAAGGCGACUGUGUCCCUUUAAUCUCAUGCGCUCAAAUAAAAAAAAGCCCAAUAAUGUUGGAAAUGCUUUUCUUCUAUCUAUUUCUUAUACAUUCUUAAAGGUACACGAAGUUCCAAGAGGAGAAUUUGAAGGACAAGAUUUAUGGUUUGGACCUGUACUACGGAUCAACUGCUCCCACGUCGUUAGUUUCGCAAAGCUUGUCACUGUUCAGUUGCCAGUUUCUCUUCGAGGUGAACAGAAAGAAAUUGGGAAUACCUCGAAGUGCCGUGUCAGGGUAUUGUUUCUGAGGUCUAGAGGCGAACACAAAGAAUGGACUGAAAUCACCGGCGAUCUUCUAGAUCCUGCAAGUUUUGAUGGGAAGUUUGUUCGGUUCCAGGUUGACCACUUCUCUGGGUAUGGAUAUAGUAGUUCUUGUAAGCCAGGGAAAGGGACAGGGGUCUACAUCUCCCUCCUGUCAGCCAGUUUUCUGUUUUUUCUUUUCUCUCUAAACUGUUAAAAACUUAGGUCAUCUUUGACAAUUAAAAAAAAAACAACAACAACAACAACAAACUAAAGCUAAUCACAGGUACCUUAUUUCCUCGAAUAAUAGCCGGGAGCGAUUAUUAUUUUUUUCGUACAAAAAGGGAGUGAUAAUUCGAGGGAACGCGAUUAUUUUAAACAUUGCUCACUGGAAGUCAUGCCCUUUUUAUUGUUUCAUUUUCCCAUUAAAUAAAAAAAUGACCAAAUAAAAUAAACUGAAUAUGGGCUUUUUUAGUGUUCCAAAUUUGGUUCCUUGAUUAAUUUUGAAUGUCAAUAUCCUCGGCGUCAGAGCCUGAAUCGUCACUGAUGAGUUUUGCCGCAUCAGACUCCACUUCAACUUGACAGGAAAGGGAUAAAAGAAAGAGAAGAUGGCGAGAAGGGUGAGAGGGACGAUUACUCAAGGGAGGCGAUUAAUCGAGAGGGGGCUAUUAUUCGAGGGAAUACGGUUAUUAAAAGGCGACCGUUGCAGAAAUGGAACGAACUAGACUUAACUAACUAGAAAUUAACAUUCUAGUUGGGUCCAGUUGCUCUGCUCCCAUGAUUCAUAGCUGGAUUGCUUUACCGUCUUCCCUGUUAUUAUAAGAAUAUGUUGAGUAAAAAUAUAUAUUUUUGGUUUGAAAGAAGGGUUUACUUCCCCCAACGAUGAUUGAUUGAUUAUGGAGCCAUGCAUCACGUGGCAUGCAAUGACAUUCAACCCCUUCGGAAAAUUAAUGGCAAUAACGUUAACUAAUAUUUAUUUAGAGUAGUUUUAUUAAAGCCCUGACAUUGCAUUUUAAACGUAUAAAAAAUUCAUUAGGACUCAUUCACUCGUUCACUGCAGGACCCUGCAGCUGGUUUUUAAAAAAAUGCAAUGUUUCUCAAUAAUCGCUUCUCUUAAUGAAAUUCCAAACAUGCCGCUGCGUUCUUGUGUUGGGGUGCCGCCGAAGUUAUAACUGAAUGUGGUGUGGCUAAUUAGCCUGUCAUUUACUAGAUAUGGCGUUUAUUAGGGAAAGUUUUAUUGGUAAAAUUUUAUCGUAAUUUUAUAGCUGAGGAAUUUACAUUAAAACAAGGUCUUAGUAGCGUUGAGUCUCGUAUGCUUGAGUUGUAGAUAAGUUUUGUUGUCAGCCGGGGCCGUUAUGCCACUUUUUCGUUUGGAAUACAAAACGAGUGCUAUAUUUCAUGAUGUAAAUACUCACAACGUGAAAAUUGCAAGGAGAGACAGGCCGCACAUCUUAGCUUCACACCGGUGUGAAGCCUUUGAAAACCUUCUGCAUAUUGAUAUUGCUUCAGUGAGGGGGAGAACUCUUUCAGGGAUUUUACACUCAAAAAAUUAAACUAUAAUUUUUUUUCAGUAGUAAUAUCUAUAGCCUCUAUGUAGCGGACAAGAUACGGCUCGGUACACAGUUUUUGUUCAACAGGGGAAAAAUGUAUAACAGUGUAUAAGUUUAGCAGAACCUUAUACAACAGACAGUUGAAGUUCGCGCGUAUUCCUGUUGAAAUUUGUUGUUCGUUUUAUAAGAGAUCAAAAUGCCUGAAAAUAAUUACAUUUUCCAUGGCUGCCUGGUAUCUGCUUCUAAUGCAAACUGUAUACAGCAUGCAUUUUAUCACAGUAUCACUGGGAUAAAGCGUUUCAUUUUUCAGGAAAAUUUCACUUUUUCGUCAAAACAAUAACUGACUCAGUCGGACUCGGAGUAGUUUACUUAAAUUUAGUGCUCAGUACAGCGAGAGGGGUUAUGUUCUGUGAAAUUUAUCUACAGUCUGGGGCCCACAUUACCAAGAUCCACGAUAUAUUUAUUGCCAACGAGCAAGCCGAGCGAAGACGGUCGGCUUGCGAGGCUGCCAGCUUAAUGCCACGUGAAGUAUUGCAGCAGGCAGGAAAAUUCUCGAUCGUGCUGUGAAAAGUGUGAUGGAAGGCGUAGAUUCCCUAAGGAUUUUAGUGGCGUUAGAUUUCACAUGUAGUUUCACGUGACUUUUGAUGACCUUUGUUGUAAACAAACGAACCUCCAAAGUUCGGACAUAGUUCUCUGCCUAACUACUGUACUCGUACGAACUACAACUCGCUAUUUCAAGUUCGCGCUAACCUAUAAAUGUUAUUUCCCUUUCGCUGUUUGAAACUCUACAAGUUUAAGGUUCAAAAAUGUCUAAGCAGAAGAAUAAGAGCGAUUUUAAGGCCAAGAGCAUGGCAGAAAUGUAGGAAAGGAGUACUUGUAGUGGAAAUUCUCGCCUCACCAGCUAUAAACAUUGGAACUAAAACCGGUGAUGUAGGCAAAUUCUUUUUCUUUCGUUGGCACUUAGCGAAAGCUACAACUAGUUUAUUUAUCUAUUUUAUUUUCAUUUUUUUUAACCGAUCCUCGAUCCUCGAUUCUCGAUGCCCGAUCCUCUAUCCUCCAUCCUCCAUCCUCGAUCCUGGUUUUUCAGUAAACCUCGAAGAUUGUUCUUUAUUUCUACCACUGAAGAAAUCAAUUGUUCCAAAGUAAUCAACGCUUUCAAGCAACAGAGGUCGUGGACCGACCCGUUUCGGGAAAGCUCGUGCUAUGGGAUUUUUAUUCUAUGGACAUGGAGUGCUGCAAAAAGAGUGCGUGACAGUCAAGUACAAAGUUACCCGUAUAAACACAUCUGUGACAACAUGCGUAACAUCAGACUCGAAGUUGAAGUUCCUUCCACUAGUACUCGAACGUUAAAUCACCGUAGAGUUCCAGUAAUUGCGACAAUAUUCUGAGAAUCGUAGCGCCUGAAUACAUCCCCAAAAUGCUGUAUGCUGCUAUCAAUUAUUGAAUGAGGUUGUGUAGGAUAUGAAGAAUUUUGCAGAUCGAGGAGGGUGUUUUUCGGGCCGAGGUGGAUAACACCCUCCGAGAUCUACAGAAUUCUUCAUAUCCAACGAAAGCCGAAUUCAAUAAUUGCUUUAUUAUUCAUUCAAAACAAUUUGCAAGUGUAAAAACAAGCUAAAACAUGCUUACCUCGGUCGAUGUUAAGUCCAUAUCAGCAGUGCAUCUUUAUCGGGAAAUUUAGGAGAUAAAGGUGUGUUCAGGUCUGCAAAUAUUCUCCAGAUAGCCGAUGUCGUCAGUCGAGUUGUCUUCUUGCUGUUCUUGCCUUUUUUAAGACAAUAUUUCGCCGUGAAAUGAGUAAAAUUUUUCUUCCCACUCUUCCGCCGUUUUGUUCUCACUGAAAAAACAACUCAACCUCGUCCCCAGGUUUUCUCGGUUAACAGUUCAAUAACCUGCAGCUUUGGUUGUACUUUUGACGUCAUCGGUUCAAUAUGACAAAAUUCUUCCAAAUUUGGUCAACCGAAGCUCGUUAUGAUGAAUUAUGCGUGUAAUCUUAGCCAAUCAGAAAAGGAGAAAUAUUUUGAAUGAAUAAUAAUUACUUUUUAAUACAAGUGCAUAAUUACACGAAAAUCAAGGGCCUCGAUUCGGGUGAAAUUACGUCAUUGCCAAACAGCGAAAUCGUGUUCAACUUUCAUACGUUAUUUCAGUCAUCGCCGAAAAUAAAUUGGAUGCUCAUUUGCAUGCAAUGAAAGCAGUUUUCAUCCCGACGGUCUCCGCUAGGACCGCCUGGGAGAAUGCCCCCCUUUUUGCGACGGGAUACACGAAAAAAAAAAAAAGGGGGGGGGGCAUUUUUAGGGUCUCGCUCUGCUAAAGCAAGCUCCACUAACUUUUUACUUAAGACAAUUUGCCCUUCUGUUUCUCUAUUUCAGAUACUGGGUUUUUCUUGAUGGGCGCAACGAAGAUUCUAGUGUCCCUGAAAAUGUUGGUCGCCUGUCGCAGAAUAUGUACAUAAGGCCGUACUUCUUGGCUUACUUCUCUCCAGGGUCCCGCAAUGAAAUUAUAAUUCUUGUAUGUUGCCCAUAUCAUCUCAGAAAGGAUUUUUUAAAGGAGCUUAAGGAUGAUCCGGACAUAACAAGCAAGCCAAGCGAAGUGAGCUCAAGUGAACCUAUGAGACCAUGGCUAGACAAAGCAUUUAUCUUUGUCACAGGAGGGGUAUGUCCACAUGACCCAAAAGACCAAGGUGCCCUCUUUCUCGUGUAAGUGUAAAAACUUCCAAGUACAAAACUAAGGAAGGAGAGGAUAGCGAAGUCCAGUUCGCUCACCAUCUUGCCGCUUUGUUUUGUAUCCUGAUUUCUCGUGUUUCGCGCGGAUUUCAAUCUUUACGUUAAGCAAAAAAGUUGAAAUCCUUUCUUUCGUCUUCCGUUUUUAUAGGAUUAUUUAAAUAGCUAUGAGUUAUUCAGUAUCCGAGGCUAGAUAAUGUUAUUCAUACUUCCGGAUUUUCUAAAAGCUUCCCCCCCCGCAGUUUCUAGCAAAUAUUUCCCCCCCCGCCAUUUUGGACAAAAAAAGUUCCCGUGGCGUCACCCGAGUGUCUCUACUCCAUUGGAUGUUGGACAACGACCAAUCAAAAUUGGCUUACUAUUCACACCCCAUUGUAUGAUUAAACAUGUUUUAAAAUGACUUAAUGCGAAUACUAUGGAAUUACUCAACCACAAAUACAAGAAAGGCGUUUUAGCACGUGUCAAAAGUUGAUUUCAGCUGUUUGCUCUGGCCAGAAAGUUCAGUUGUUGGAUAUAUAACGAGUGUAUCUAAAUUCUUUUUUAAUUAAGGGUUGACUGCCAUUCGCCAGUGAUAAAGAAUUUGAGGGUCCGUGUGGUUGAGGAAGAUCCUAUAGCAAAUGUUGAAUUCCGUAGCAUUGAGAGCCCCACAGAGGAAUGCUUACUGGGUAAAUUGUACUUAACAAUUCCCCGUCUUCGCCUUGAACGUCCGGUAAGACAUACAUUUUUAUUUUAAGCUAUGACCAUUCAAUACGUACUGUCUGAAACACAUCGGAAAAUAAAUCAACAGGAUUAUUAAUAUUUAACUCCUUAGAGUAGAGUUGUUUUUUUGGGAGUUAUUUUAACUCCAAAAGGAAUUGAAUUGUGUUUCAGUGGAGUAAAUUUAAUUUUACUACGUUUUGGAAGCAGAAACUGAAAGUAACGGCUGGUAGAAGUGAUCAUGACAUGGUACUCUUCGAUCCUCUGGUUCACCCUGCACUUAUGUCCAGAAAUGCACGCAAUGGCGAAAAUGGCGAAACUGGCGAAAAAUCGCCAGCCGCUGGCGAUUUGAAUUGGAUGCCAAAAGUGGCCCCUUGGAGGCUGGCGAUUUUGGCAAAAAUGGCGAUUUUGGCGAAAUUGGCGAUUUUGGCAAAAAUUGCCAUGCAUGCAAUGGCGAAAAUGGCGAAAAAUCACCAGCCUCUGGCAAUUUGAAUUGGAUGCCAAAAGUGGCCCCUUGGAGGCUGGCGAUUUUGGCGAAAAUGGCGAUUUUGGCGAAAUUGGCAAUUUUGGCAAAAAUCGCCAUGCAUGCAAUGGCGAAAAUGGUGAAACUGGCGAAAAAUCACCAGCCUCUGGCGAUUUGAAUUGGAUGCCAAAAGUGGCCCCUUGGAGGCUGGCGAUUUUGGCGAAAAUGGCGAUUUUGGCGAAAUUGGCAAUUUUGGCAAAAAUCGCCAUGCAUGCAAUGGCGAAAAUGGUGAAACUGGCGAAAAAUCACCAGCCUCUGGCGAUUUGAAUUGGAUGCCAAAAGUGGCCCCUUGGAGGCUGGCGAUUUUGGCGAAAAUGGCGAUUUUGGCGAAAUUGGCAAUUUUGGCAAAAAUCGCCAGAGGGCUGGCGAUAUGUGGCAAAAUAUUCAAAUUGGAUGCCAAAAGUGGCCCCUUCAAAGUAGAUAACUAAAGAGGUCCUUAUAACUGCGAGGCAACAGUACUAAAAAAAAGUUCAAAUUACUUGCCUAAUAAGAGGCCCCAAUAACUGUGAGGCAACAUUUAUCAAAUACAACUGAAUCAAAUAUAUGACAAAACAGCUUUACCUAACUGUCAAACAACAUUAUUUUAUCAAAUACAACUGAAUCAAAUAUAUCUGAAAACAACAAAUGCAAGUCGUUUCAGUUAAGCUAAUAUGUAUUUGUGCCAUGUACUUCACAGGUUAAGUAAACAUUUCCUUACUUUCGAUGUCGCUUGACUUACCAAAAGUGAUUUGAUGCGCUGAAAUAUCACACUAGCAUCAUUUGCUUUUGUAUGGUUCAUUCCUUUCAAAGACUUACAAGUCCACUAAUUACUCGAGGAGAGAACUACCAAGUCCUUGAAAUCAUAAUAAUUCCUUGCCAUGGACACUCUAACUUUUGAGGUUCGAUGUAGACCUUAACAAUCCUCACUGGUUACAAUUCUCUUCACAUUGGUUCCAUUAAAUUGUGAGGCAGCCUUAAAUCAAAAGCGAUUGCGCAACGCAUGGUUCCUGGCUAAAAGAUGCUUUCACGAUAACCAGCUAGUGUGUGCCCUUCAUUCUUUUUUGGUUCUCCACUAUACACAUUAUCUUCUUCCGUCGUUUUAAACUCUUCACUUUCUUCUCGCACUUACUUGCUUUGCUCUUUAGAGAAACGGUCCCCUAAAAGUAACGAAAGCCGAAAUGUCCAGCAGCUUGCGUGCGCCAUUUUGAAAUGUGUGAUUUCGCUUAUUUCCACUUUAUGUAAACCUGCACGAAAUGUCACUUGUGCCCAAUACUUCACCGCAUUUAUUGAACAUAAACAUUGGAUCAAAGCAAUAACUUGUUUGUCUCUUUCAUAAAACAUAUCCCAUUCAAACUAAUUCUGUAUCUUUUCAUCACCUAGAUAUAUAAAAAGAGAGUGUACAUGUUUGUCUCGUUCUUCAAAAAAAUGUGUCCCAUUAUUGCUUUUAUGAGGUGGGGCCAGAAAUUUAGAAAAUGUAUUGUUUUUUUUGCGCUGAGACCACCAAACCAAUUCUCAGUACAAUAUGUUUCCAUUAAAUUGCUAAUGCUAAUGCUCGUCGAAACACGUCACCCGGCCUUUUUACCUUCUAUUUUAACAAUUGCCUGAGAGUCCCUGUGAACGACAUUAAUCGUUUUGCUUACAUAGAGGAGCUAUAAACAUAGAGUGACCACCAAAGUCGGCUGGGAAUGACACUAAUCGUUUCUACUUACAUAGAGUAGUUAUCCAAAAUCGACUAUUUCAACAUGGUCGCCGCGUCUGUAUAACAACUACUAAACCUUAUACGUUCAUGUUCUGUGAAACUGCAAUGAACCAGCUCGUUUAUAUAUACUUGUACGAUUGAACGCCAUUAUAACAAACAGGAUGGAUAUACAAGGCAAUACGGACCAUCUAAUUAUCUGAAUGCGUAGCCAAGAACCAACCUGGAUUCCUCAUAACAUAUAAUGUUGAACUGUCGCUAUUCAAACAAUGCCUACAAGCCUGGAAAAUUAAGGAUACCUAUCUUGGAUUUUUUGGUAAGAAAGUUGCCAUGAACAUUACGAAGAUUACCAUUUACUGAUAAUUGAAUACAACUCGUUGGCCAUUCGAUUUGAAUCGAGCAAGAAAUUAGUUAUAAGUGGUAAUUCCCCACCGAACACUCUUGUGUGGGACGAAUUUCAAAUCACAAGAGGUUAUCAAUUAAAGGUAAAAGCAUUAAAAACAGAUUAAUGACACUUAGUGUCAUUAUUAGUAUACAAUUAUACUAUUGGAAACAUUUUUAUAUUAAUAUGUGGUUAACUAUUUGGCAAUUAAUAGCCAUUUCAAAAGGGACCCUUUGCUAUGUCAUUUCAAUUUGUCUUGACAAAUUAGGUAUUUCAUCGAGUAAUUGCCAUUUCUGCCAAAACACGUUUUAACAACGAGGCCAACAUGCACUCUAUAUUUUUUUUUUAUUUGUGGUUGAUGAAAAGAUACAGAAUUAGUGCACGCCAUUUUCGCCAAAAUCCUCACUUUCCAAAGGGCCCCUUUGCCAUCUCAUUUGAAUUUUUGUUUACAGUUUGGCGAUUUUGGCGAUUAAGCGCCAUUUCUGCCAUUUUCGCCAAAUACGCCAUUUUCGCCGAAAUCGCCACUUUCCAAAGGGCCCCUUUGCCAUCUCAUUUGAAUUUUUGUUUACAGUUUGGCGAUUUUGGCGAUUAAGCGCCAAUUCUGCCAUUUUCGCCAAAUACGCCAUUUUCGCCGAAAUCGCCACUUUCCAAAGGGCCCCUUUGCCAUCUCAUUUGAAUUUUUGUUUACAGUUUGGCGAUUUUGGCGAUUAAUUGCCAUUUCUGCCAUUUUCGCCAAAUACGCCAUUUUCGCCGAAAUCGCCACUUUGCAAAGGGCCCCUUUGCCAUCUCAUUUGAAUUUUUGUUGACAGUUUGGCGAUUUGGUGAUUAAUUGCCAUUUCUGCCAUUUUCGCCAAAUACGCCAUUUUCGCUGAAAUCGCCACUUUGCAAAGGGCCCCUUUGCCAUCUCAUUUGAAUUUUUGUUUAUAGUUUGGCGAUUUUGGCGAUUAAUUGCCAUUUCUGCCAUUUUCGCCAAAUACGCCAUUUUCGCCGAAAUCGCCACUUUCCAAAGGGCCCCUUUGCCAUCUCAUUUGAAUUUUUGUUUACAGUUUGGCGAUUUUGGCGAUUAAGCGCCAUUUCUGCCAUUUUCGCCAAAUACGCCAUUUUCGCCGAAAUCGCCACUUUCCAAAGGGCCCCUUUGCCAUCUCAUUUGAAUUUUUGUUUAUAGUUUGGCGAUUUUGGCGAUUAAUUGCCAUUUCUGCCAUUUUCGCCAAAUACGCCAUUUUCGCCGAAAUCGCCACUUUCCAAAGGACCCCUUUGCCAUCUCAUUUGAAUUUCUGUUUACAGUUUGGCGAUUUUGGCGAUUAAGCGCCAUUUCUGCCAUUUUCGCCAAAUACGCCAUUUUCGCCGAAAUCGCCACUUUCCAAAGGGCCCCUUUGCCAUCUCAUUUGAAUUUUUGUUUAUAGUUUGGCGAUUUUGGCGAUUAAUUGCCAUUUCUGCCAUUUUCGCCAAAUACGCCAUUUUCGCCGAAAUCGCCACUUUCCAAAGGGCCCCUUUGCCAUCUCAUUUGAAUUUUUGUUUAUAGUUUGGCGAUUUUGGCGAUUAAUUGCCAUUUCUGCCAUUUUCGCCAAAUACGCCAUUUUCGCCGAAAUCGCCACUUUCCAAAGGACCCCUUUGCCACCUCAUUUGAAUUUCUGUUUACAGUUUGGCGAUUUUGGCGAUUAAGCGCCAUUUCUGCCAUUUUCGCCAAAUACGCUAUUUUCGCCGAAAUCGCCACUUUCCAAAGGGCCCCUUUGCCAUCUCAUUUGAAUUUUUGUUUAUAGUUUGGCGAUUUUGGCGAUUAAUUGCCAUUUCUGCCAUUUUCGCCAAUGCGUGCAUUUCUGGACAUAUCUCUCACCCUGAAAGGAAAAGGUUGCAGAAGCGGAAAGUACAUUUAUGCACUGAAGCACACAUACCACGUUCGCGGUAUGGCCAGUACCUUGCGCAUGCGCACAACCAUAUCACCCGGGCAGUGGCAGCCAUGAACAGCUGUUUUGCCUUUUUUGGGGUUCAUCAGGCUGCCACUGCCUGGGUGAUAAGGUUCUGAGCAUGCGUAAGGUAAUGGCCAUACCGCUGGUACGUGUGCUUCAGUGCGUAAAUUGGUCGUUAUAAUCUUCCCUGUUUUAUAUCCUCCCACCGCCGCCUUUGUCGGAAGAAAAAGAAGCUAUACAACAGAGCCAAAAAGUCUAAGAACCCUGAAGACUGUUCUAACUUUAGAGACACCAGAAAAGCUCUGCACAAAGCCUUAUCAAAAUCUCGGGACCAAUAUACAACUGAGUUUCUCGAAGGUGCCUGUAAAACCAGUCCUAAAGCCUUCUGGUCCCACUUUGAUAAAGCGAGAAACAACGAGGCUGGGGUAGCAGACCUGAAGUAGAUGUCAUUAACCCUGUCUAUUAUUCACAAAAUAGAAUAGAGUUUUUUCUACUUGAGCUGCAAUAAGAAACAAAGACGACCAGGGCUAGUGGUCGCUACCCCGUAUUUGAGCGACGCGCGUCAACCGGAAGUGGACUUUUUUCAUUCUUGAGCGGUAUUUUUGUCCAAAUAUUUGGACAGUCUCUAUAAUAAGAAGAAGGCUACGAAAUACAAAUUUGGUAUCGUCAAUAUAUUUCAAAAUGAAAAAGACCUCACUUCCGGUUGACGUGCGUCUCUCAAAAACGCCUUUACUUAAUGUGACUCGACCCAGUUUUUUUGGAGGGGUACCAUCCUACUUUGAAACUCUUUGGUAUUCCCACCUUUACUUUUAUCGUAAGUCUAACACAUAGAAUGGAUAACAUAUAGAUCAAUCUACAAUAUAACAUAAAAUUUUUGGCGAUCGGAGUAAAUAUCACGUGGUUAUAAUGCCACGCCCCUUUGAGGUCUGAGUCGAAAAUCUGCUUUUACACAUAGUGCGCAUUAGUGCCUUGCGCUGAACAGAGUUUCACCAAAAUCGCAAAGACCCAAUGCGAGAAAUUCAGCGGUUUCCAAAUUUAGGUCAUAAUUCAUGCGAAAAUGAUAAGCAAACUUUACACGAUUAUAUCUAAUAAACUAUGAGAUUCAUCCCUUUAUUUUGGGCAUCGUUAUAACAGAUGGGUCCUUGUAAGAUGUAAGAUUUUUAGCGUUUUGGCUGAGUUUGUGCUUUGGGAGUUGUCUAUUGUUUCUAGUCUGUCAUUAUACAGCAUUCUUGUUCAGCACGUGUGCAAUGACCACGCUUGGCUGACUUCCGAAUGCUCACCGAGAUAUGAUAAUUAAUUUAGUAUGAGAAAAUAGAAGGGAUUCCCGUCACGAGUUGGUUUAAUUAUUGGCUUUCAUUAAACCUAUGAAAAAUGAUAUUUUUUUAAUAGUAAGUAGAUUUAGUGUGUAGCACUUCUUGAUUUUUUGCAAAGGCACAAGAAGCACGAGAAUUGAUUAAAAAUUGUGAGUUAAACCUCUGUAUCACGCUAUGGCCUGUCUCACUGUACCAAAAUUAUCAUAUCUCGGUGAGCAUUCGGAAGUCAACCAAACGCGGUCAUUGCACGCGUGCUGAACAAGAAUGCUGUAUAAUGACAGGCUAGAAACAAUAGACAACUCCCAAAGCACAAACUCAGCCAAAACGCUAAAAAUCUUCAAUGUUUACUCAAGUUUGGGCUUAUAGAAGAUAAUGUCACAGUUUUUCAAUGACCAUGAAAUUCAGAGUCCGGGUAGUUAGUUAAUCAAUUGUGGCGCUGAAAAAAUUUGAAGGAAAAAAAACUGCGAAUUUUUAAGAAAAUGCUUUUUUCGUGAGAAGGACUCUUAAACGCUGACAAACGUCAACAAAUAGCGAAAACUAUAAUUUCUAUAUGUUUGCUUUGCUCGAAAUCGCGCGCAUUUACAAGGCCCUAAAGCGUUUUGCUGACUUACAAGGGCCCAUCUGUUAUAACGAUGCCCAAAAUAAAGGGAUGAAUCUCAUAGUUUAUUAGAUAUAAUCGUGUAAGGUUUGCUUAUCAUUUUCGCAUUAAUUAUGACCUAAAUUUGGAAACCGCUGAAUUUCUCGAAUUGGGUCUUUGCGAUUUUGGUUAAACUCUGAUCAGCGCAUGGCACUAAUGCGCACUAUGUGUAACCGAGAGAUUUUCACGAAAAAAAUGCCGGCAACAGCAGAUUUUCGACUCAGACCUCAAAGGGGCGUGGCAUUAUAACCCCGUGACAUUUACUCCGAUCGCCAAAAAUUUUAUGUUUUAUUGUAGAUUGAUCUAUAUGUUAUCCAUUCUAUGUGUUAGACUUACGAUAAAAGUAAAGGUGGGGAUACCAGAGAGCUUCAAAGUAGGAUGGUACUCCCCCCAAAAAGCUGGGUCGAGUCACCUUAAGUUCCCUAGUGUGUAUGGCCGCCGAAACAUGCGCUCUCUGUUAGAGAGCCGUGCAAAACAUUACAACUAACUCCUUUAAAAGGAAGUUUAAAGCGAAACAAACUAGGAUAGAAGUUGAAAAGUUUUAAGACUGGGUAAAAGUGAAGAUGAUGAAGGUCCCUGAGGGUAUAUUUAAUUGCCUAACCUUCUAACAGAUUUUACACUGAAUAUUGCAUAAAGGAUAUUUUUAAUUAUUAAAAACUGAAUCAUUAGAUAAUGCAAUUCUAGAGCUGUGAUUGGCUUAGUCGUCGUUUUAUAUGAGCCUUUAUACCAUGCUCUCUAAAUCAGGUAACUGUACACGUCUGCUCAAAAUUAAAAACAAGCUGAAAAUCGGUUGUUUUUUUUACGAAUAAAGUCGGGGAGAAUUCUAGGUAUUUUGUGGAUGUUUUAAAUAAAACAAUUAUUUAACUCGCGCUUGUUCGAUAUGAGAUGAUUAUUGCCAACUUGGCGCUACACGCCUCGUUGGCAAUUUACCAUUUCAUAUGCAACGCGCACUCUUGGAAUAAUUGUUAAAUAUCCUUUGUGCUUGGUCUAAAACAGUCAUUUACUAAGUUAUUUUUUAGCUCUUCUUAGCAUGCCAACGGAAGCGAAAAAGAGAGUCGCUUUAAACCAAUUUGUUUGAAAACUUAACACUCCAUAUGGAAGGAUGCAUAUUUUAAUUAUUGGACCCAUUUAGCUUUCAGUUUAAGUUAAUAAAUUGGUAAACAACAAGAUUAGCAAAGAUACAUCUUUCCAGCAAUGCUUUGUUUUGGAUAUUCUGACCAAUUCUAACAGAGUUACACUUAAGACAAAAGGUAACAUUUUGGAGAAAAAUCCACUGCCAAUUUCGCUUUGUACCUACUACACUCUUUGAAGAUUAAAUUUGUCCCUUUCCAUUCAUCUGAGGGAGUAAAAAUUAGAAUAAGAGUUAAAACUCAGGAGUUAAAAUAACCUUCUAAAGAGCAGUUAUCCUGUGCCUAAAAUUUUUACUCACCACUUUGAGAGUUAAAUUAGCUCCAAAAAGAGUAAAAACAACUCAAGUAAGGAGUAAAAAUAACCUUUUUUGUCUAUUUUAACUCCAGACUGAGAGUUAAAAGAACUCUUUUUUAGCAGUAAAAACAACGCAGGUUUGGAAUCAAAUUAGGAGUCAAAGUAACUCCAAUAAAGGAGUUAUCCUGUAGAAAAACCGUCAGGGAUGCGUGACACUUGUACUUUCAAUAGCCGAUGAAAACCGUAUCAUGUUGAAUUUUAACCUUUUUCUAAAGUGUCUCUUCAGUAAAACGGUAAAUAAAAAUAUCAUCGUCAUCAGUGUCAUGAUCAUUUGGAUCAAAUGUAGCCUGAGUAUCAGGCGUUUCUGGGGGAAAAGGGGAAAGAUGGAAGCGAAAAAGGGAGACAGCUGAAGGAGAGAAACGCCUGACACAGAUGCUUUUACUGGAACCUUCCACCCCCACACAGCAUGAUUCGAUACCAUCCAAUCAAAAUCACAUCCGGUCAUUGAGUUGUCAGCUUCACGUGUCAAAAAGCUCGCCUAAAAUAAAUCUCACCAUACGGUCUGGCCGAGCUCUGGUGUCUGUGUUGCUACGAUUUCGCUUUUUCUGAAACCUCCAAUGAGGAGUUUUCGAAUACUUGUAAUGGAAAACCUGCCGUUUUUGAACAUGUUUUGUAACAUGUUUUAGGAAUUGUGCUAAUGUAAGAUCGUCAACGCUCUGUUUGUAAAUAAACGUGUGGCCGGAAAACUGUAAACUGCUUUUGUUUACAGAGUUACAACAGCGGCGCUCAUUAAUAAGCAGGUUCCUGAGAAUCUGGCAGCUAAUGAGCUGCUGUAGAUCAGGCCGAAAAUCGUCCGAGAGAAAAUCUAAAGUCAAGCUAAAGCCUUGGUGCUGUCGGCUAUUCUCAAUACAUGGCUACCUCGCUCUAAUUUUAUUUACAGUAACAAUACCCUUUUAGCGGCAGGAUGUUGUAAAUCAAAACUUAGAUAUCUGAAGCACUGAUAUCGUCUUCUUUGUCCUGGUCUUGUGAAACCAAUACUCGGACAUAGUUUCGGCAGAAGCUGGUAUAUGAGGCUUUUCCAUACUCCGAGAACAUCUUUCCUUUUAACUAGGAGGCUUUGAAAACACUAUUCUUGCUCGGGUUUUAUUUUUAUUCGCGGAAAGAACUUGAGAGCGCCCUCUAGAGUCUCUUUGAAUUCCUCUUUGCGUCUCUAUCCAUAAAAUUACCACAUGAAAUCAAAACACUCUGCUCGUGUUUACUUGCGGUCGGUGACGUCAGGGCGUAUUGUGUGUUAUCCAAUCACUGCCACAUCCAGAAUCUGGAUGUGUCACACGAUUUGCUGAAUGGUUUUGUGUCAGGCCUUCCUUUCUCUUCUCCCCCUUCCCCCCUCCCCCAUCAAAAAUCUCCUCUCCCCCAUCCCCUUAGGAAGGCCUGAUACUCAGGCUAGAUCAAAUGCAAUAGAAAAACCCUUCACUUGUCUAUCCAUGACAGUCGGGAAGACCUCUGCUCUAAUACUGAUUGUUUUGUCUCUGUAGGCUGCAGACGAGCCCAGACAGCCUGGUAAGUUUUUCUAAGUUGCUUCUCUUUCUGGCGCAAAAACGAAAAUAUUAUCAAUGCUGGAUACUGGGUACUUUAUGAAAAUUGCGAAAAAAAAAAUCAUUCCCAAUAAGAAAAACCAAUCUGUCCUUAUUGCAAAUAUUAGUUACGCAAAACGCAAACUGAAUCGCCAAUCCCCAAAAAUAAACUCCCGCCAAAAUUCCGUGCCACACGGUAUUCAGAUGCGCCUGUUUUAAACGUUACUUAUAUUCUUUUGUAGCUGCUAAGAAAGCACGGAAGAUGACAGAAGGUACGUUGCAUUAAAAAACAUUAUUAUAUGUAUUAUAGGUCUUUAGGUAGGUUUUUCUUCACCCGAUAGAAGUUGAAAGAGGUUACCAUGCACAUUUUAAGACCAGGUUGGAAAAUUCCGAUGUGACAGCGGCUUUCAAAGUAUUAUACCAAACAAAGUCUUUGCAACCAUUAAUCAACCAUACAACUACUAUUUCGAACGUCAGCCACGUUGGCUAGAAUACCUUUCAUAAGCUGUCAAGUUUUUCGAGACUGUGAAGAGUAUUUUGGGUGAUCGAGAGAAUGUAGAAAUGUAGGAAGAGAGUAAUAUGUGUAAGGUUACUGGAAAUUCCAAAAUACACUUUUUACACUUUUUUUAAAAGGAGACUUUAGACCUGGCCCUGUGGAUGACUAUGAUUUGCAAGGAUUGUCUUUAAAGCUCGGCAACUCUUGGCAAGCUCUUGCUUGGCGCCUUGGAUUCGAAAAAGCCGACAUAGACGGAUUUAAUACCAGCAAAGAAACGUACACAGAAAAGCAAUUAGCCAUGUUGCAAAAGUGGAAACAAAGACUUGGUUCGGAUGCAACUUACGAGGUCUUGGGGGACGCCUUGUGUCACGAAUUUGUUGGGCGUAAAGAUUUGGCAGAAAUGUUUUGUUUAAUUCAUUCAGUGUGAGCAUAUAACCGAGUGCUCAGCUUGGUUUAACAGAUGUGAUGUUUGUUUUAAAGAUACAUACGACUCAGGAAACCACUCUCCGUGCUAAAUCAUAACUACUUCACUUAUGUAGCGAAAGUCUAAACCCUUGCACUGAAAUAUAGUUAGUGGUUAAUCUGCUAAGAUACGGUCUUCUCGUAGUAACUGCGUAUUUGUACAUAUUCGUACAUUUAUCAGAAACUUAAAUUUAUCGAGUAUAUAAAAUCUCUUAGAGGAUUUAAAUCUCUAGAUAGGUGCCGUGGAAGCGUCUUGUUGUAAUAUACAAGAGUUUUUUAUCAAUUUUAUAUAAAAAAAAUAAAUAGGAAAAAAUAAUCUAGAACAGUACGGAUCGAAGUUCAAACUUGCGCAAAAGUAGUCAGGACGUACCUGGCAGUGAUUGGCUAAAAGUUACAAAUUAAUCUGAAAUCGUGCGCGUGGACAAAAUAUUCUACGGGGCUGUUUUCUUGGAGGGAGGAAGAUCCAAGCGCCACGAAGAUCCUAGAAGGCGUAACUUCCUAGCACCAUUUAUGUUUUCUGUAAAUUAUUCAGUUUACAUGCAAAGGGUUGUACUUGUCCCUAGCGCUAGAAUCAGCUAGAAUCUUCCUAGCUGAGAGGUAGAAAGAUCAUAGUAGUAAGAAGAUCUUAGCAUCAUUUAAACUGCCUUCGCUAGGAAAAUCUUAGUGCUAGGGACAAACCAGACAGAAAGUGGCGGCUAGUCGUUCACUGGGUAAUCACGGCAGUAAGGGCUGACCAAUUCGUUUGGCGCUACCAGGAGCUGAUAAUUGUGAUAAUUCUGCUAAAAAGUAGUUUUUAACGCCAGUUAAGAGAGCAGAAGGGUCCAAAUUAUAAAUUUGUUAUUGUCGCUCACCAUCUUCAAUUCCUUCUCUACUUGGUAACCAUACGGACCAAAAUUUCUGCAUAUAAACCCAACGCCUUCUAGGAUCUUCCUCCCUCCGUGUAAUUAGCCCCUAAGGUAAAGUGGUCGGGUAAAAAUGUCAGUUCCACACUUUGGGCUCAUUAUCCUGUCUCGUUGCAGGGUAACCCGG